UAACUUUUAAGAAAAGAAUUUUUAACGCUAGAAGGCGUUGAUGUUAAAAAUGUUAUGGUUUACUGCAACCAUGAAAAGUUUCAAGAAUUAGUAGCAAUGAAAAUCUGUAGUUUCUUCAUCUUUGUCUCAUAUGUUACUCCAAAUUUAUUUUAUCAUGCAGGAAUUUAUUAAAUAAAUAAUUUACUAUGGCAUUAACUAUUAAAGAAUUAUCACAAUUGUUAAACGUUUUGCAAGAAGAAGCUACUGAGCACCAAAGUUUUGAAACUUUGGCUUCUACUCUUCAUCAUCAUUUUGGAAAAUCUGAUUAUUUUCAUGUAGGAUGUGCCAUUGUAAUGUUAUUACAGCAAGCAGAUUUAUUGCCAAGUCCUUAUCAACGUCUUACAGCCAUAUUUCUUUUGUAUGAAAUGUAUCGUACAGAACCAAUUACUGCAAAUCCUUUUGCCUCAGUUUUUGUACAUUUAUUGAACCCUCCUGAAGAAACUAUGAAGGGAAUAAAUAAGAAGUUAGAAUUUAUUGGUGCUCUUCCUAAACUCAAUAAAGCUGAAAAAUAUUUUAUUUCCCAGUUAAUUUCUAUGCCACCAAAAGAGUUAUUCAAAAAAACUCCAAAACAUAUUGUGAACAUGGAUGCAGCUAUGUUGCAAAAUUAUGAUAUUAGUGGCUUGCAAGUGUCAUUAGCUGAACAACAUUCUGAAAUGCCUCAGACUAGUAAAUCAGCUAUACCAAUUGUGAUACCUGAUCCUGUUGAUAUAAAUAAUCCAGGGAAAUAUACUCCUCUCUCUUAUGUAAUUGAACAAAAAUGUUCAAAUAAAUCAGAUUUAUUGGACAUAGUUGAUGCAUUACAUAGCCAUGAAAAUAAUAAUAGUAGUAAUAACAAUAAUAAUAAAAAUAAAUUUACUUAUGAUUCUACUGAUACUUCCAAAAUUAUGGAAGCUUUGUUGAUAGGUCAACAAUCGCCAGUUGAGCAAUACUUUAGACCUGAAUUUAUUCGUCUUGCUCCUCCUCUUUAUACUUGUGAAGAUGAGUUAGCCUGGAUGAAUCCUACAGAACCAGGUGAACAUAAAGUGGCAUGGGAUAUGUCUAUGUGCGUUAGCAAUACAGCAGGAGUGGAAGCUAAAAAAUUAAUGGCUAAAGCAUUUAAAGGACCUUUAACCAUUCAACAACAACAACAGUUAUUAUCAGAAUUAGAGCAAGAUUCUAAAUUAGUAUAUCAUAUUGGAUUGACUCCAACAAAGCUUCCUGAUUUAGUGGAAAAUAAUCCAUUAAUUGCAAUUGAAGUUCUGUUAAAAUUGAUGCAAUCAAGUCAGAUUACUGAGUACUUUUCAGUAUUAGUAAAUAUGGAAAUGUCUUUACAUUCAAUGGAAGUUGUGAAUAGGUUGACAACAGCUGUUGAUCUACCUACAGAAUUUGUACAUUUAUAUAUAUCUAAUUGUAUUUCAACAUGUGAAACUAUCAAAGAUCGUUACAUGCAAAAUCGUUUAGUACGAUUAGUUUGUGUUUUUCUACAAUCACUAAUUCGUAAUAAAAUUAUAAAUGUUCAGGAUUUGUUUAUUGAAGUUCAAGCAUUUUGUAUAGAAUUUAGUCGAAUUCGCGAAGCAGCAGCUUUAUUUCGUUUGCUAAAACAGUUGGAUAAUAGUGAUCAAGCAGUCACGCAAACUCAAACUCCUACACCAUCUGGAGGAAAAUAAAAAUUAUACCAUAUAUAAUAAGAUUUAAACAUAAUAUCAUUUGUCUGCCAUGAAUUAACAUCAUAAGUUAAUCAAUUAUUUUAAAGUUCAUUUGUGAUUUUAUACCUUGUUUUACAAUUUAAUUUUAACAAAUUCUCUAUUGCAUAGAAUUACAGAAAUUUUUUUGAAAAUCUA